AUGGGAGGCUACACCGAGGUCCCUGUUAUUCUGAUGUCGAUUGCAGUCGUGCUGCAGCAGCAUGCUAUGCUCCAAGCUGCGGGAGGAUUCUCUGAUACGUCACGAGACCAACUACGCAACACGCCAAAGGGACGCUCACCGGGGCCCCACUAUCCAGUCCACUCGCGGAACGAUGCUGCCCGACACAAGCUGACGUUUGAUGACCAAAUAUCUACGUUCAAGACCAACCAGGAAACUCUCAUAGCCGCCCUGCGAACAGNAUGGGCUAGCUUACCGGAGCCCCACUAUCCAGUCCACUCGCGGAACGAUGCUGCCCGACACAAGCUGACGUUUGAUGACCAAAUAUCUACGUUCAAGACCAACCAGGAAACUCUCAUAGCCGCCCUGCGAGCAGAGAAGGCAGCCAUCGCGAUGCUGUUGACCGCCGAUCUCUUCGUUGGGCCAGGAAUCCCCGCUCUAGGCUGCGAAGGCAUAGACCUCGAUGUCGUAUGUCCGGCGGGACAGACGAUUUCUACGAUCACGGCGACGUACGGUUACAACCCGACGACCGACAGCACCGAGUGCGGCAAUACUCCCGCUGUAGUAAACCUCUCUGGUUGCACCGCCGAGAACGUUGCGUCUAUUCUCUUGAAUGGAUGCUUAGGGAUGAAUACAUGUACUAUAGCGGUGUCCGACGCCCUCAUUACGCCUGAUCCAUGUGCGGCUGGUACCUCAAUCGCGCGCAUAAUCUAUACGUGUUCAUCACUACCAGCCGCCCAGAUAGCAUUCUUUGAGGCGCAGUACGCACUCAUCUGCUCGGUAGUGGAGGCGGUCGAUACGACAUCUACAAACGUAGCCAACGUUUUCGAUGCCAUAUUUAGUGACCUGACAUAAUGGGGUAAGAAGAUAGUAUUCAAACCCAAACGGCGCCGUAUCUACUAACAUACUAGGCCAAUGUACUUAUAACGGAUUACAAAUGUUAUACUUUGUAUUGCAGGCACAUCUAUAAAAAAUUGUUACUUACUUGUUGAAAUUAAUUAACUAAAAAAUGGUAAAAUAGAUGCUAUAUAAUGAUAAAUAAUGCGUUUAAUGUAGUAAAAUAAAUUAUUGCUUUUAUAUUAUGUUCUUGACGUUAAUUUCUGUCUCUGCCUACACAUUUCUAUUACCAUUGCACGCAUAAUGCGCGUCAACACCCAUGACAC